GACAACCGGGAAGAAAGAUUGAGGGCGAGACAGAGAGCGUAAGAGAAGCUCAGACAGUAAAAAGCCAAAGAGCCGACCUGGGGAAGUGUGCAGCGGCAGAAGAUGAGGUGAUGCCAGAGGGGGUUGCAGGCUGCUCAGGUGUGUCUGGAGGUCAGGUACAGGUCUCCGAUACUCCCGGCGAACUGGUGUGUGAGUGCUUCAGGGGGAUUGUUCGGCUCCUAUGAUCCACGCGGCCUCUGUAGGCGUCUACUCUCCUGAUCCACGCGCACACUGCAGCUCUUUAGCGAUCGGAAGGCAGGGCCCUGUUGGCUGUCCUUCGUUAGGCUGCAUUAUUCAGCGGGGGCUCUCGCUGGGUGCAGGCAGCGCAGCGGGUGAAAAGGCAUCAGUACAGUCAUGGAGAAGAAACUGGAGGAGCUGAAGCAGCGGCUAGAAAAACAAUGUAUGAUCAACCAGGAGCUGCAGAGGCAAAACAAAGACCUGGAGCAACGACUGCAAGAGAAGGAAAAACUUCUGCAGGAGCUGCACGGCCAUUACGAAGACCUGGGCGUCCCCUCGCAGGGCGGAAACGCCGUCGAACCGGAGAUCAGGAAGAGCCGCGCCGCUGUCAUCGCCUCUGAGCCCCUCCCCGAGACCCUGGAGAUACGCAAGAGGGCCAAGAAGGUGGCCAGCGAGACCAAUCUGAUCAUCAAAGCCAUCCAGAAGAAUGACUUCCUGAGCCGCCUCGACGAGGAGCAGACGGCCAUGAUGGUGGAUGUGCUGGCGGCGUCCAGCUACAAACCCAACGAGGAUGUGAUCAAAGAGGGCACUGAAGGAGACAGCAUGUACAUCGUAGCAGCUGGUGAGCUCGUCGUCACCCAGGCAGGCCAAACCCUCCGCAGCCUGACCACGGGGGAUGUGUUCGGGGAACUGGCCAUCUUGUACAACUGCAGAAGGACAGCUACGGUCAAAGCUAAGACAGCAGUGCGUCUGUGGUGCAUGGAGCGACAGACCUACAGGACCAUCAUCACCAACAAGUCCAAGAAGAAGCGAGAGCAGCUGCUGGGCUUCCUGAAGACGUCUCGUACUCUGAAGGAGCUGAACGAUGUCCAGCUGUCCAAAAUAAUAGAUUCUAUGGAGGAGGUGAAGUACCAGGACAAAGAUGUCAUAGUUAGAGAAGGAGCAGAAGCAAACGCGUUCUACAUCAUCCUGAAAGGAGAGGUCUUGGUGACCAAGAACGUGAACGGGCAUCAGAAGCAGAUUCGUAGGAUGGGGAAAGGCGAGCAUUUCGGGGAACAGGCCCUCAUACGGGAAGUCUUGAGAACCGCCACCUGCAGCGCUGAGGGCCCCGUUACCUGCCUCUCCAUCGACAAGGAGGUGUUUGAAGAGACGAUUCCCAUAGAGCACCUCGAGCUGUUUGACGACUCCAAAGUGCUGCAGGAGGCACAAGCUUCGGAAAAGUCGAGUAGCGGCUCCACUCUGAGGUUCAAGGACCUGGUCCCGGUGCUGUACCAGGAGGGACGCUAUCAAGGGGAUCCCGUCACGCUUGGAAUCGGAGGGUUUGGUCGUGUGGAGCUGAUGACCACAGUGAACCAUGGAGAACUUUACGCUAUGAAGCGAGUCAGCAAGAAGCACAUUGUUGCUAAGAGACAGGAGGAGCACAUGUUGUUUGAGAAAAAGAUCCUCAAAGCAACCCAGUGCAACUUCAUUGUCAGCCUUCACGCUGCUUUUAAAGACACACGAUACAUCUACAUGGUCAUGGAGUUCUGUGUGGGAGGAGAGAUCUGGACCAAACUCAAAGAAGUAGGGCGUUUUGACGAGCCCAUCGCCGUGUUCUGCACUGCCUGUGUGGUGGAGGCCUACGCCUACCUCCAUAAGAAGAACAUCAUGUACAGAGACCUGAAGCCCGAGAACCUGAUGAUGGACAUAAAGGGCUACGUCAAACUGGUGGACUUUGGUUUCUCCAAGGAGAUGGUGCAUGGAGACAAGACCUAUUCGUUUGUGGGUACCCCCGAGUACAUGGCACCAGAGAUCAUCAAGAACCAGGGACAUGACUUCGCAGUGGACUUCUGGUCCCUCGGCGUCUUGAUUUAUGAGCUAUUGGUGGGAAGCCCGCCGUUUUCCAGUUCAGAGCCUCAGAAGAUUUAUGCAAAAAUCUUGGACGGGGUGCUCAAGUACCCACCUUACAUGAGCGAGGCCGCCAAGUCCAUUAUCAGCAAAAUGUGCAGGCCUCGGCCCGGUCAGAGGUUAGGAAACACCAAGAACGGAAUCAGAGAAGUCCGGAAUCACAGGUGGUUCAGCAGCAUGAACUGGCACAAGCUGCGCGUGGGUCAACUCGACGCCCCCACAGUCCGGCUCAUACGCAAGGGCCCUUGCUACAUCAACUUUGAUCGUUUCCCUCUUGAUCAGACGAAGGCGGAGGAGGAGUUCUCCGGCUGGGACCGCGACUUCUGAUGUUAAAAGGAUCAAAGGCCCCGAGAGUUUCACCUAAAUUUGGAACCAAAUAAAAAAAUGAAUGUACCCUCAGUUGAAGCCAAAAACAUGAUGGUAGAAGGAGCUUCUUAUUGAAACUUCAUACUAAUUAGAUUAUAAAAUCAGAAGUGGAACUGCAGUAUUUUUGUGUUUUCUGUUGUCACAGAGACACAUCAUAGAGACACAUCAUAGAUACACAUCAUAGAGACACAUCAUAGAGACACAUCAUAGAGACACAUCACCUGGGUGGAAAACGGGCCAAUAAAUAUGUGUCAAGCCGCGUUGUUUGAACAUUCCGUUUCAAUGAAGAAGUGUCGUUAACAUCAUCCAUACGACACUCUUUUCUGAUUAGAAUACUAAUUGGUGCAAUCAGUAAAGUAGAGCUCCUACUGAGCCUGACAGGAAGACGUAUACUGAUUUUAUAUGUGUAUUGUAUUCAAAUGUGUAUUGUUCUUUUGGAUCUAUGUUGAUUUUAGAGAUGAAAUAUGCGUAUCUGCUAUUCGACAAGUUGGUAAAUAUUUGAAUAUUGUUAAAGAUGUUUUUAUUGUAAACUAUCACUUAAUCUUUCCCCUUUAUGCAUGCAGAGUAUAUUUACCCAACAUGAUUGUAUAAUAAGAGAAUUUCUACUCAACUUUUAAAUAAAAGUACUCUUUUAUGAAU